ACGACACAAGUUUCUCUCUUCCUUCUCCUUUUCUUCUGUUUCAUCUUCUCUCUCAUCAAGCUUUACGUCUUGAACGACCUUUAGGGUUUUGAAAUCUGAAGCUUCACAAGCAUGGAAGACGCUUCAAAUUCAAACGCAAUCCCCGACGAAAGAGUAAAGCAGGAAGCUCCCCAGCUUGCUGCUUUGUUGAGAGAAAUGAAGGAAGGAUUAGAUACAGUGACGGCAAAAGUCCAAGCUUUAACUGCAAAGGUGAAAGCAAAUAAUUAUCCGACAGCAGAUGGGAUAAGCUAUCUUGAAGCCAAGCAUUUGCUGCUUCUAAAUUAUUGCCAGUCACUUGUCUAUUACUUACUUCGUAAGGCUAAAGGGUUUUCAAUAAAUGGGCAUCCCGUUGUUCGUAGCCUUGUGGAGAUAAGGUUGUUUCUGGAAAAGAUUCGACCCAUUGACAAGAAGCUCCAAUACCAAGUUGAGAAGCUCACGAAGGUUACUUCAAGCACAACUGAAGAUGUAGGGCCACGUGGAAAGGAACCACAAUCCAAUGUGCCUCAGCAAACAGAUGAUUUGUUAAGAUACCGCCCUAACCCUGAAAUGCUUGUUAGCAAAACAGAUGUGAAUUCUAAGGAUCGUAAUGAUGUGUAUCGACCCCCCAAAUUUGCCCCGACUUCAAUGGAGGAAGAUAAGUUGUCAAAGCAGGACAAAAAUGCAUUGAGAAGAGAUAAGAAUACUCUACGACAAGCUAAGCAGAGUGCUUUUGUGAGGGAACUGGUGGAUGAUUUGGAGGGGAGGCCUGAAGAGAUUGUAGAAAGUGUUGGAGCUGAAAGUAUAGAACUAGCCCGAUACAGGGCAAAGAGGGAUGAACGUGAACGACAAGAAGAGGAACUUUUUACGCGUGCUCCUAUUACAAAGAAGGAGAAACAGAGAGAGAAACACUUAAAGAAGUCAAGAAAUGGAUUGCUUGGUUUGACGGACAAUUUCUAUGAUGAAAUCAAGGGUUUACCCUUGGACGAUGAGAAUGGUGAGCAGGUAGCAAGCUUCAGCAGUGGCAGGGGUGUAAUGGGGAGGCAUAAGAAGCGCAAGAUGCGGCAUUGAUAGACAAAGAUACGCCAAGCCUGACAACUCCCAACGGUUUCUUUUCCGGUUUAAGGUCCAAUUGCUCCAGUAGCAUGAAAUAGCUUUCUUCAAACCUCAAGUUGUUUUUCUUUUGGCGGCAGUGGGCAGUGCGCGCUGAUUAGAAGGUUGGAGGGAGCCAACAAGUAGGCAACAAAUUUUGCUGUUUGGACUUGAUUAGAAUUGCUUGUUCAAUUCUUUUUCUUCUAACCCUCCACCAAAGGACACCUAACUAUGAUAUUUACUUGAUUUCUCUCGGCUCAA